AUGGCCCGCCCCGGAGUCCCUCUCCAGCUAGGGUCCGAGGCCCUCACGCCCUGGCCGGAGACUGGGGCCGCCGCCUCCGCCAGCCCGGCGCCCGCUUUCCGUCGCGUGCCUACCCGCCGCGGCAGGAUACCGGAAGUGGCCGGCAGAGCAGCGCGGCCGGUCCGUUGCGCCUUCCGCUCUGCGCGGCCCGGCCCACCUCUCGCGGGUUCCGGGUGGCAGGAGGGAGAGGGCGAGCAGCCUGCAGCCUGGUGGCACCUGGGACACCCAGCCGAGCGGCCGCCCCUGGCCACGGACGAGAAGAUCCUCAAUGGCCUGUUCUGGUACUUCUCGGCUUGCGAGAAGUGUGUGCUGGCCCAGGUGUGCAAGGCCUGGCGGCGUGUGCUCUACCAGCCCAAGUUCUGGGCAGGCCUCACACCCAUGCUGCAUGCUAAGGAGCUCUACAACGUGCUGCCUGGUGGCGAGAAGGAGUUCGUGAACCUACAGGGCUUUGCCGCACGAGGCUUCGAGGGCUUCUGCCUGGUAGGCGUGUCCGACCUGGACAUCUGUGAGUUCAUCGACAACUACGCGCUCUCCAAGAAGGGUGUCAAGGCCAUGAGCCUCAAGCGCUCCACCAUCACUGAUGCCGGCCUUGAGGUCAUGCUGGAGCAGAUGCAGGGCGUGGUACGGCUGGAGCUGUCGGGCUGCAACGACUUCACCGAGGCCGGGCUGUGGUCCAGCCUGAGUGCCCGCAUCACUUCACUGAGCGUGAGCGACUGCAUCAACGUGGCAGACGACGCCAUCGCGGCCAUCUCGCAGCUGCUGCCCAACCUGGCCGAGCUGAGCCUGCAGGCCUACCACGUGACAGAUACAGCGCUGGCCUACUUCACGGCUCGCCAGGGCCACAGCACGCACACACUGCGCCUACUGUCCUGCUGGGAGAUCACCAACCAUGGCGUGGUCAACGUGGUGCACAGCCUGCCCAACCUCACGGCGCUCAGCCUCUCGGGCUGCUCCAAGGUCACCGACGACGGCGUGGAGCUCGUGGCCGAGAAUCUGCGCAAACUGCGCAGCCUCGACCUCUCAUGGUGCCCGCGCAUCACCGACAUGGCCCUCGAGUACGUGGCCUGCGACCUGCACCGCCUGGAGGAGCUCGUGCUCGACAGGUGUGUGCGCAUCACUGACACCGGCCUCAGCUACCUGUCCACAAUGUCGUCCCUCCGCAGCCUCUACCUGCGAUGGUGCUGCCAGGUGCAGGACUUUGGGCUGAAGCACCUUCUGGCCAUGCGGAGUUUGCGCCUCUUGUCACUAGCAGGUGAGACCAACACAGGGGCCCGGAAGAGCCCCAAGGGCUUCCGCAUCUUCCCCUGCACCACGUCUGGAACCCCCUGA